AGCCGCUGUAGCCUGUCACGCAGUAUCAUUCAGCUCAUUGAGAAUUUGGAUACGGACGCAUCACUCGGCUUUGUUACAGCAGACAUGGCAGCAGCUGAUGUUAUCUUAAACCAGAAUGUGGUAGAGAGGGUGACCAGCCUCCCUCUGGUGAGCUCCACCUAUGGCCUGGUGUCCAGCGUGUACACCAACACUAAGGACACCCACCCUUACAUCAGGACUGUGUGCGAGGCUGCGGAGCAAGGAGUCCGCACCAUCACCUCCGUGGCCCUCACCACAGCUUCGCCCAUCAUGGACAAACUGGAACCUCAGAUUGCCAUUGCCAAUGACCUGGCCUGUAAAGGGUUGGACAAGAUUGAGAAAACAUUGCCAAUUCUUCACCAGCCCUCUGAGCAGAUCGUUUCCAGCGCCAAGGAUGUGGUAAACUCGGCCAAAGAUGCUGUGACAGGCACAGUGUCCAGCGCCAAGGACACAGUCUCAGACACUCUAACCAGUGUGGUGGAAAAGACUCGGGGCGCGGUGCAGGAGAGGAUGGAGAAAACCAAGGCUGUUGUCAGUGGGAGCGUCAGCACAGUGCUGGAAAGCAGAGUGGCCCGGCUGGUCAGCAGUGGAGUGGACACAGCCAUCAGUACGUCGGAGAGCCUCGUGGAGCAGUACCUGCCUCUGACGGAGGAUGAGCUCGAGCUGGAGGCAAAAACCGUGAAGGGCUUUGAUAAGAAGGAGCUGAGCUACUAUGUCCGUCUGGGUUCCCUUUCCACGAAGCUGAGAAAGCGGGCGUACACCGGGGCCGUGGCUAGAAUCCAUGAUGGCAAGCAACGCAGCAUGGAAUUCAUUUCUGAGCUCAACUACACUGUCGAUGUGAUUGAAUACAGCAGAAAGAAUAUCAGCGGCGCUAACCAGGUGGUAAACGACAAGCUGAGCUCUUUGGUGGCCUGGAAGUCCAAUGGUCCAAACCAGGAGAACAGUCACGAGGCAGAGGUAAUUGAGUCUCGCACCCUGGCCCUGGCUCGCUCCCUCACCCAGCAGCUCCAGACCACCUGUCUGGUCCUCGUCUCCAGCCUGCAGGGCCUCCCCAACCACAUCCAGCAGGAGGCGCUCUCCCUCAGCCGCUCCGCCACACAGGUCUACGCCAACUUCAGCAAGGCCAAGGUGCUGGGAGACCUGCCAGACAGCAUAUUAGCCAGCAGCAAAGCACAGCUGGGAAAAAUGAAAGAUUCCCUUGACAACGUCAUGGAUUAUCUGGUCAACAACACGCCGCUCAACUGGCUGGUAGGUCCCUUCUACCCCCGGAUAGCUCCUGAGCCGAACAACGCCCCGGCCUCUGCGGCCAGCAGCACACCAGCUACGUCCUCCGGCUCGCCCUCCACAAAGCCACACAUGGAGGAGCCCAUGGAGAUGGAGAUGGAGUCACUACGCUCACAGCAGGAACAGUGACCCAUUAACAGCUUUAUGUUCCAAGUUUUAAAAAUACCUGUGCCUGCUUCAAAUCUUUUAACUUUCUGAUGUUUAAAAUAGUGAAAACUUUAGGAUGUAAAGCUUUGAUGUUCUGUGUCAAACUCAGUGCAAUUUUAUACUUUUUUUAAAAAUGUAAUUUGUGCUGUGAUCAUGUCUCUUGACAGAUUACUCAAUUCAGUGCAAAUUUAACAGACAUUUACAAUCCAGUCUCAAAACUUAAUCCUGUGCUUAUUUCUAUAUAAACUUUGCUGGAACCAA